CUAUGCUUUUUCCCUGUCUAAGCAAAAUAUUAUUAUUAUUAUUAUAAACAGAAAACCAAUAACAAUAACAAACAGGAUCUGCACUAUAUUUCAUUUAUUCUCUUUUUUUUUUUACUGUAUCGUUUGCCUUAUUGGAAGCUAUAUAUUUUUUUUACAUCUUUUUUUUUUCAUCUUAUCUUUCAUCAACAAAUUCGAGCUGAUGUUCUGUCUUAGAGGUGGGAAAUGGAAGUCCUGAUGCUUUGUAUUUUCCCCUGGAUAUUUCAAUGCAUUUCUGUGCGGGCGGACUCCAUCAUACACAUUGGUGCAAUAUUCGAAGAGAAUGCUGCCAAGGACGAUGAGAUCUUCCAGCUGGCUAUUUCAGAUUUGAGUCUCAAUGAUGACAUAUUACAAAGCGAAAAGAUUACCUACUCGAUCAAGUUUAUACAAGCCAACAACCCCUUUCAAGCAUUUCAGGAAGCUUGUGACCUGAUGACUCAGGGGAUUUUAGCAUUAGUGACAUCAACUGGUUGUGCUUCAGCCAGUGCUCUUCAGUCUCUGACGGACGCCAUGCACAUCCCACAUAUUUUUGUACAACGCAGCACUGGUGGUUCGCCGCGCACAGUGUGUCAUCUAAAUCCUAGCUUGGAAGGGCAAGAGUACACGUUAGCAGCAAGACCACCUGUUCGCCUCAAUGAUGUUAUGUUAAAACUUGUCACUGAACUCCGAUGGCAAAAAUUCAUUGUAUUCUACGACAGCGAUUAUGAUAUCCGUGGGUUGCAGGGAUUUUUAGAUCAAGCCUCAAGAUUAGGACUUGACGUAUCUUUACAAAAAGUGGACAGAAACAUCAGUAGAGUUUUUGCCAGCCUUUUUACAUCAAUGAAGACAGAGGAAUUAAAUAGGUACCGUGAUACUUUGCGAAGAGCUAUCUUGCUUCUAAGUCCAAGAGGGGCUCAAAAUUUCAUCAAUGAGGCAGUGGAGACUAAUCUUGCGUCCAAGGAUAGCCACUGGGUCUAUGUGAAUGAGGAAAUCAGUGACGCGGAGAUAGUGGAACUCGUGCACAGUUCGCUUGGGAGAAUUACAGUGAUACGGCAAAUCUUUCCUUCACUAAAAGACAACAAUAUAAGGUGUAUGAGAAAUAACCAUCGAAUACCGUCUCUUCCUUGUGAUCCACAAGAAGGCUACCUCCAAAUGCUACAGGUUUCCAAUCUGUAUCUGUAUGACAGCGUACUAAUGCUGGCAAACGCGUUUCAUAGAAAAUUGGAAGACAGGAAGUGGCACAGUAUGGCAAGUUUAAACUGUAUGAGAAAAUCAACCAAGCCAUGGAAUGGAGGGAAAUCGAUGUUGGAAACUAUUAAAAAGGGUCGGAUAACAGGAUUAACUGGGAUUAUGGAGUUUACAGAAGACAGCUCCAACCCUCACGUACAGUUUGAAAUUCUUGGAACAAGCUACAGCGAAACAUUUGGCAAAGAUGUGCGCAGGUUGGCGACUUGGGACUCCAUGAAAGGACUCAAUGGAAGUUUGCAAGAAAAACGUCUUGAUAACGAUCUGCAAGGAUUAACGAUGAAAGUGGUGACUAUCUUGGAAGAACCUUUUGUGAUGGUUGCAGAAAAUAUACUUGGACAGCCGAAAAAAUAUAAAGGUUUCUCCAUAGAUGUAUUGGAUGCUCUUUCUCAAAAUCUGGGCUUUAAAUAUGAGAUCUAUCAAGUACCUGAUGGCAAAUAUGGUCAUCAGCUUCCCAAUGGCUCUUGGAAUGGUAUGAUAGGAGAACUUAUUAACAAGAGGGCAGACCUUGCUGUGUCCGCAAUUACCAUAACUCCGGAGCGGGAAAGCGUUGUGGAUUUCAGCAAACGAUACUUGGAUUAUUCAGUAGGAAUUCUUAUCAAGAAACCAGAAGAAAGAAUUAAUAUUUUCUCUCUGUUUGCUCCAUUUGACUUUGCUGUAUGGGCUUGCAUCGCUGCUGUGAUACCCGUGGUCGGAGUAUUAAUUUUUGUCCUAAAUCGCAUCCAGGCAGUAAGAGCACAAGGUUCAUCUCAAUCUGGUCCAACAACCUCUUCCACUUUGCAUAGUGCCAUAUGGAUUGUAUAUGGUGCAUUUGUGCAACAAGGUGGGGAGUCUGUAGCGAACUCUGUUGCCAUGCGGAUUGUAAUGGGAAGCUGGUGGCUCUUUACUCUAAUUGUCUGUUCCUCCUACACUGCCAAUCUAGCAGCAUUCUUGACCGUAUCAAGAAUGGAUAACCCUAUAAGGACUUUUCAAGACUUGGCCAAACAAAUGGAUUUGUCCUACGGCACAGUGAAGGAUUCUUCAGUAUACGAAUAUUUUAAGGCAAAAGGCACCAAUACUUUGGAACAAGAUAGCACAUUUUCUGAACUAUGGCGAACGAUAAGCAAGAACAACGGAGCUGAUAACUGUGUAUCUAGCCCUUCAGAAGGCAUUAGAAAGGCAAAAAAGGGAAACUAUGCUUUCUUAUGGGAUGUGACGGUGGUGGAAUAUGCAGCGCUCACAGACGAUGAAUGCUCCGUGACUGUUAUCGGGAAUGCCAUCAGUAGUAAAGGCUAUGGAAUAGCUCUGCAGCAUGGAAGCCCGUACAGAGAUAUCUUUUCUCAGAGGAUCCUCGAGUUCCAAGACACUGGUUACCUAGAUGUUCUAAAACAAAAAUGGUGGCCAAGAAUGGGACGGUGCGACCUUAACAGUCACAACAACGCACAAACGGAUGGAAAGGCCUUGAAGUUGCACAGUUUUGCUGGAGUCUUCUGCAUUCUGGCAAUAGGAUUACUACUGGCAUGCUUGGUAGCUGCACUGGAGUUGUGGUGGAACAGUAACCGCUGUCGACAGGAAUCACCAAAAGAGGUUAAAGAAGUCAACUUGGAGCAAGUACACAGACGUAUGAACAGUUUGAUUGAUGAAGAUAUGGCUCAUAAGCAAAUCUCCACUGCAUCUAUUGAAAUAUCGGCCCUAGAGAUUGGUGGGAUGCAAUCAAGCCAAACCUUGGAGCCAGUUCGGGAAUAUCAGAAUACUCAACUUUCAGUGACAACCUUUUUACCUGAACAGACAGGUCAUGGUGGUAGGACACUUAGUUCUGUAUCAAGCAGUAACUUACCCUUGCCCCUUAGCAGUUCAGCUACCAUGCCGUCAAUGCAAUGUAAACAUAGAUCACCAAAUGGAGGACUAUUUCGUCAAAGUCCCGUGAAGACACCCAUGCCAAUGUCAUUCCAGUCCAUGCCAGGAGGACCCAUUCCAGAAGCUAUUGAACCUUCACACGGAACAUCUAUAUAAUUAAACAGAAAUUACCUGAAAAGCUUUUUAAUACAACUAAAAAAAAAAACUCUUACAUUUUUCUUGUACAUAUCUGUAAAUUACAAAAGAAUGAAGUGGGGUAAAAGUGUAUUUUGAAUAUUCCCAUUUUUUGAAGUCAGUAAAACAAACAAAAAUUGUAUGAAUGGCUUUGUAAAUUUUGUUCUAUAUGAAUAAAACAGCAACUUGUGAUCCCUCAGAAGUGCCAAAGAACACCUGUGACUGGGACAGAAGGAGGUCCGUUCUUAACCACAUGUACCAUUUAUUAAGUUGGGUUCAUUAAUUGCUUAGACUAUCACAUUUACAAACCGUACUUUAGUCACUGCGCAGCACUUCAUUUUAAACUAGGCCGAACAAAUAUUAUUGACCAGCAUUAGCAUUAAAAAAAAGAAAACUGUAGUUUAAAGAAUGUUCUUAAAAAAAAAAGAAAGUAAAAAGCAUAAGUUAAAUAACGGAUGAAAUGUUUCCUUCUAACAAGAAGCGUUUGAGAAUGAAUCUCCACAAAAUUUCUAGGUUAAAGCUCUGGUUUAUUAAAUUGUAUUUUAUGUGUAUCGUGCUGUGUGGCCUUUUGAUUUAACCUUUACAAUUGGCAGGAUCCAUGAUA